AUGUUCUCCUCUGGCCAGUCUUUUCUCGGCGGCGGGCCAAGUGGUCGGCAGCCGUAUGGCCAGCAGCAACAGUCCUUCCAGCAACAGCAGCAACAGCAACCUCAGUAUGGCGCCGGCGGAUAUGGCCAGGCACCGCCAUUGCAGCAGCAAUACACUGGGUACCCAGGUGGCGGGCUACAACCGCAGGCGACGGGGUACCCGCCUCAGCAGAACCAAAUGCAGCAACAGCAACAACCGCAGCAACCCCAGUAUACGGGCAUGACUGGCUUUCAACAGCCGCAGCAGACGGGAUACAACAUUCAGCAGCAACCACAGCAGACGGGAUACCAAACGGCAGGGCAGCAGAAUGGCAUGCCUCCGCAACAGACCGCGCAGCCCCAGGUACCGCAGCAGACGGGAAUGACGAGCUUGGAUAUCGCCAACUCCUUCCGCCCGACUCCUUCCCAGCAGCCUGCCCCUACAUCAUCCUCAGCGCCAAAGAGAGAAACGAAGAUACCAAACGUACGCCUCAGCUUCAUCACCGCGCAGGACCAAGCGAAGUUCGAGCAGCUGUUCAAGAGCGCGACUGGCGGCGAGCAGGCAUUGAGCGGCGACAAGGCGAAAGAUCUAUUGCUCAGGAGUAAGCUGGAUGGCAACAGCUUGGCACAGAUAUGGACGCUGUCGGAUACCACGAAGUCCGGGCAGCUUCUGUUCCCAGAAUUUGCUCUGUCCAUGUACCUGUGCAACCUAAAGCUGACCGGCAAGGACAUGCCUUCAUCUUUGCCAGAGAAGAUGCGGAAUGAGGUCUCAAGCAUGGUGGAUAUGAUUUCUUUCGGUGUUGCGGAUACGUCUUCACAGAGCGCGCCGUCGACGAAUGCGCCGAACUUCAGCGAGCCACCGAAGAUCCAACAGCCGCAGCCUCAGCAGCCGUCGAAUGCACAGUUAAUGCAGCAGCUUACUGCCCAACCCACUGGCUUUGUGGUCCCGCAAGCUACGGGCUACGCGCAACAACUUCAACCGCAGCAGACCGGCUUCCAGCCUCAGAGUCAAUUCGGCCAGCAACAGCAACAACAGCAACAACAACAGCAACAGCCACAGCAGACCGGCUAUACUGGUCCUCGACCUCCUAUGCCCCCUAUGCCAACCGGCUUCGGUCCCAAUCAAGGGCUGUCUCCACAGCAGACAGGCUAUCCUGGCCAGAUGGCAGCACCUCUAAACGCACAGCCAACGGGUGCACCCGGACAAUGGGGUCUUGUAAAUGCCCCUGCAUCCGGCUUGCCGAAUCUGCAGGCAUUGCAGAGUCAGAUGAUGCCGCAGCCUGGCCGCGAAGCUGGAUUCUCUGCGCAGGGUCUGCGAGGUAAUGCUACCGUGCCAUGGGCAGUCACGAAGGACGAGAAGAAGAUCUACGACGACAUGUUCAAAGCUUGGGAUGGCUUUGGGAAAGGCUACAUCAGUGGAAAUCAGGCAAUUGAGAUCUUUGGCCAGUCAGGCCUUGAUAAGCCAGAUCUGGAACGUAUUUGGACUCUCUCGGACCCGCAUAACAAGGGUCGCUUGAACUUGGACGAGUUCGCAGUCGCAAUGCACAUGAUCUACAGACGACUGAACGGCUACCCCGUGCCUAAUCAGCUGCCAGCAGAGCUCAUUCCACCAAGUACCCGAAACCUGAACGACAGCAUUGGCACGAUGAAGAACCUGCUCUCUGAAGACGCACAGUCACGAAAGAGCAGCGGUGCCUUCCUGCAGCCGCAGCGAACUGGCGUUAGCUAUCUCAAAUCUCGCUCAUUCCACGCCAACGGUGCACCUACGGCUAGUGGACGCAAAGAUGCAACAGUCUUCAAGAACAACGAUGACGACGUCGGAUACCGCUCUUCAGCACGCCGAAGAGUCGGCCAAGACGGCGGCCGCAGCCCAAGCCCAGCAAUGAGCGAUAGCACUGUCGGCGCGGACGACAUGAGCAUCGAUCAACUCAAGAAGACCAUCCGUGAAAAGCAGGUAGUGCUCGAUGCGAUGGAUUUCGAGGACGAGGGCAAGCUUGACGAGGAAGAUGCGCUGGACCGCAAGGAUCGGAAAGAGAGCGAAGACCUCUUCAGGCGCAUUCGCAGGAUCCAGGAGGAUAUUGACGGACACCCUAGCUCUGCUUUCCAGUCCAGUGACAGCGAUGCCGAAAGGCGGACUAUGCAGCGCAGCCUCCGUGGCCUUCAGGACAGACUUCCUGAGCUCGCAAGCCAUGUUCGGAAGUGCGAGAGGGCUAUUGCUGAUGCGCAGAUGGAAUUGUUCAGGCUCAAAGAUGCGAAAGCGAACCCUGGGUCUUCGACGCCUAUUGUCGGUACUGGACUCGGAGGCGCUGUCACGGAAAGUGAUCGCCUCAAAGCUCGUGCGAAGGCUAUGAUGCAGCAGCGGUCUGCAGCGCUGGCGGGCAAGAAGGUCGAGUCGUCUGAUGAUGGUUCGGCUGCGGCGCAGAGGCAGGAAGAAGAGUCGAAGCGCGUUAAUCGCGAGAGAGAGGAUAAUGAGAAGAUGGUCCGUGAUGUUGAGGACAGUGUGACAGAGUACUCGAAGAGCCUUGAGCAAGGCUUGAAAGAAGGUGGUGAGUCGAAGUCUGACGAGCACGAGAGGCGGAGAUGGGAAGACGGGCUGGGUGUUGAAGACGAGGUGAAGGACUUUAUCUUCGACCUGCAACGUAGCUCACGAGCUUCACGUGUCAGGAACGAAGAGAAGAGCCGUUCGAAGCCUGCUGAAAGGGCUGUGGAAGAAGACACGAGUCGAACGAGCACGCCAGUCAGCAGGACCGACUCACCGGCCACGUCUAGUCGCGCACCCGCUGCGUCUACGCCGCAGACAUCGGGCAGCAGCUACUCAUCCUACAAGACUGCGGAAGAGCGGGCUGCUUUCAUCAAACAGCAAGCUGAGCAGCGCAUGGCUGAACGUCUGGCUGCCCUAGGUCUAAAAGCUCCCGCUAAGAGCGGCGAGUCUGCUGCUCAGCGCAGUGAACGCGAGCGCAAGGAGCGUGAGUCGCGACUCAAGCAGGCUGAAGAAGAGGACGCGAAGCGCGAGCAGGAACGCCAGGCGAGGCUGCAAGGUGAGGGCUACGCACCGCCUUCUGCUGCCACGCCAGCUUCGCCAGCCGCAAAGCCGAAGCCGCCUCCACCUGCGCCGAGGAAGGGCAGGAGUGAGAGUGUGACGAGCGAGCAAAGUCAGGCGGAUGCGGAGAAGAAGAGGGCAGAGGUACAGAUCAAGGAGCAGGCGCUUAAGGAGCAGCAGGAGGGUAUGGCGGAUGAGAGGAAAGGGUUGGAGGAUGAAGAGGCUCGACAGGAGCGCGAGCUGCAACAACAGCGUGAAGAAGCUGAAGCAAGCUUGCGUGCUCUCGAAGAGCGCGUCAAAGCCGGCAAGGCGAAGAAGGCAGAGGAGAAGAAGGCUAAGGAAGCCGCGAAGAAGGAAGCGCAGGAGAAAGAGGGCAAGCUUGCCGCUCAGAGGGCGGAGAUUGAGGCGGCGAAGAAGAGAGAAGAGGAGCUAAGAAAACAGCUGGAGAACAUGGACGAGGACGACGACAGCGAUGACGACGACACGUUUGGCUUUGCGACGCCCGCUGAGAGCGCUGUCACCUCCCCUCCAGCCGUUAACGAGGAGGCUCCAGCCGCACCACCGCCAGCUCCACCCAUGCCCGGAGUCCAGAGCCCUCCCGCUGAAUCCCCAGCACCCGUGGCCAGCCCACCAGAACAAUCCAAAAACCCCUUCUUCCGCAGCAUGAGCCAGCAACCCGCCCAACCCUCCCCCGCCAUCACUUCCCCGGAAGCCGAAAAGAAAGACACCAACCCCUUCCACCGCCUCUCCACCUCCGAAGCCGCCAAACCCUCUCAACCCCAACAGCAACAACUCCCCGACCCCGCGCCAGCCUCCUCCCGCACUCGUGCCAGAGCUACGUCGGAUGAAGACGACUGGUCCGUCAUGGAAGCCUCGGACUCCGACGACGAUGAUGACGAAGACGGCAAACAGCCCUCCGGCGCCGGCAGCGCGAAACAACUCGCUUCCAUCCUCUUCGGCACCAUGGGCCCGCCGCGUCCCCUGAGUGCAGCGGGCUCUGGUCCUGGCUCCCCCGCACCAAAUUCCGCUGGUGUGUCGUCGCCACCGCCUGCGGCACCACCUAUGCCGCCACCGAUGCCUGGAUCAAGCGCGCCGCCUGCGCCCCCGCCCCCGCCGCCUCCGGGUGGAAUGGGAGGGAGCGAGAUGGCGCCAGCGGUUGGGUCGCCGCCGCCGAGCGCGGAUCGCAGUGGACUGUUGGGCCAGAUUCAGGCGGGCAAGGGGUUGAGGAAGACGCAGACGAAGGAUCGGAGUACGGCUAGUACGGCUGGGAAGGUGUUGUGA